AUGUCGGAAUCCUUUAAUUCAAAAGAUACAUUUGAAUCAUCUACCUCUACUUUAUCUACAACUUCUCGACUUCGUCCAAAUAUUCUUCUUUGUGGCACACCUGGUACAGGAAAAACAACACACGCACUGCGACUUUGUAGACUUCAUUCUCUUAAUCAUUUUCCAGUUGGUGAUAUUGUUCAAAAAAACAAUUGCCAUGAAGGAAAAGAUGAAUUUUGGGAUGCUUAUAUUGUAAAUGAAAGAAAACUUUUAAAACAAUUAAAAGCAGAUAUAAUAUAUGGCGGAGUUGUACUUGAUUGGCAUACGUGCAAUUUUUUCCCUAUAGAUUGGAUAGAUCUAGUUGUAGUUUUACGUACAAAUCAUACAAUACUUUGGGAUCGUCUAGUUGAAAGGAAAUAUAAUCUCCGAAAAAUACAAGAAAAUAAUGAAGCAGAAAUCAUGCAAAUUGUAUUAGAAGAGGCAAUCACAUCGUUUGGACCAGAACGAGUGAUGGUAUUAACAAGUGAUACAUUAGAUCAAGUGGAAGAAAAUAUAAAACAAAUUAGCAUGUGGAUUCAACAGUGGAAACCACAUAAUUUUCCAAAUAAAGAAUGA